AUGUUUUACGAUAUAACGUAAAAUAUUAGUUGUUCCGCAACAGUAACUGCAAAUAUAUGUCAAUACUCUCUCCAGUGUAUAUAUCGGCUACGUUUAUAGAGAAACUAUGGAUUUAUUGUAUGUGGAUUGCACAUUAUCUACCUGCUUUGUGUUUAUCUUUACAUUUUUCUUGAUAUAUUUGGCAACAAGACGUCAGAAUGGAGUCCCACCUGGACCACCUUUAUUCCCUAUUAUAGGAAAUAUGCCUUCACUUAUGUCGUCGGAUGUUUUGGGCAGAAUCAGUGAACUAAGGAAAAGAUACGGUGAUGUUUUUGCACUGUAUAUCGGUGGACGACUGACAAUAUUUCUUAAUGGAUUUGAAACAAUCAAUGAUGCUUUCAAAAAGCAGGGAUCGUUGUUCAAAAGAAGACCCGUUUCUCCUCUUUCUAAUGAUAAAGGGAUUAUAUUCACUAACGAUGAAACCUGGAAAGAACAACGUGGGUUUGCACAAAAAGCGUUGCAUGAAAUUGGAUUUGGUGUAAACAGUAGAUAUUUAGACGAAGUUAUUAACUCUGAAAUUACUGAGUUUAUAAAAAAGAUUAGAUUGAAGGACAGUGCUAUUGAUAUUAAAAAAUAUCUUAAUGUAGGCAUUUCUAACGUGGUUUUAAAACUAGUUUGUAGUCACAGGUACGAUACUGAUGACCUCGAAAUUGACAAUUUCCUUACACGCUUGAGAGUGUCGGCUAACAAAUUCUUUAUUCGGGAGGCCAUUCUCAGCUGUUUUCCUUUUCUCUCACGUUUUCCUAAAUUGAAGUUAACUAUAACAGGAUUUUUCGAACACCAGACAAUUUUUAUUGAUAAGUGUGUUGCGAAGGGGAAGGAAAAUGUAAUUUCAGAAACAAGAAACUUUGUUCAAAUGUAUUAUGAAAAGGUACAUGAAAACCUAAUAGGAGGGCUACAGAACAGUUUUGAUCACGAGAACAUAAGUAUUUCAGUAUAUCAGCUUUUAUCGGCCGGAAGUGAAACCACCGCAGGAUCAGUUAUGUGGAUACUGCUACAUUUGAUCCGAAAUCCGCACAUCCAAGAUAAAAUGGCUGCUGAAAUGGAUGACAUUUUAGGAUCAGGUGGGCUUACCAUUAGCGACAGAAAGCGUUUACCCUAUACGCAUUCUGUAAUGUUAGAGGGUCUCCGAAUCGCUUGUGUAGCCCCGCUAGGCAUCCCACACACUGUCUCAGAAGAUGUUAUGUUUCAUGGAUUCCUCAUCCCGAAACACUGCAGCGUUUUGGCAAACCUUUCGUCAAGCUUAAAAGAUCCACAUGUUUGGAAGGAACCGGACGAAUUUCGCCCGGAUCGCUUUUUAAGCGAAGAUAGGGAAAGUGUUAUUGUUCCAAAGGAGUUUAUCCCAUUUUCGUUGGGACCAAGGUCUUGUUUAGGUGAAACUCUUGCAAGAAAUGAAGUAUUUCUUUACGUAGCUAGUAUUGUAAGGAAGUUCAAGCUGUGUCCAGAGAAUGAUGAUUGUCUACCAGAAAUCCGAGGAGUUUUUGGUGUUACAUAUCACCCAGUACCAUUUAAAAUGAGAUUGAUACCACGUUAACUUGAAACUUCAUGAUUUGAUAGACAUGUAUAAGCAGCACAGUUUCGUAACGUGCGUUUUAACAUUUGAACCAUAUAUUGAAAAUGUGACAGUUUAAGAUAAUUACGUACUAUGCCAAGUUUGAAAUAUUUGACCAUACACUGAAUUGUUUUCCUUAGAAAAUUAUUUGAUUAUCACAGUAUUUAGUAUUAUUUUCUUUUGUUUUUACGCAUCACCUAAGGUCCAGUCUUCAUUAUUUUUACUUCUAUGAAUUGUGAUAAACAUUCUUAAAAAAACAUUAGUUAUUAUUACCAAUUAGAAUUACAUAGCUUUGCAAUGUAUACUUGAAAUUAGAUUCAAGACCUAUGAUUAUCUGUAAAUACCAUUAUGUGAACACAAUACAGACUUAUAUCCAUU